AUGUAGAUUAUUUGUUUAGCAAUACUAUGCUUGGUUGGAAUUGCAACAUAUUUCUUAAUAUUAAAACCUUUAAUUCCUUUGUUGCUGUUAAAACUUAAACUGGGAGAGAGAGCAAUUCUAAUGUUUAAUCCAAUCUUUGGUUUUGUUGGAUUACUUAUGAAUUCAAUCAAAAUAAAUAAUGAUGCUAUGGAAACAAUAAAUGCUGCACUUAGAAAGAAUCCGAAAGCUAAAAUCAUUUUAUCAAACUAUAUAUAUAAGCCUUGUAUUAUACUAGCAGGAUCAGAAUAUAUUAAGGAUACUUUAAUAGAACAUCAUCGUUAUGAAAAAAUUAAUCCAUUUGUGAUAAAUUCCUUUAUGUAAAAAGGUUUAAUUCUUAGUGAAGGAGAAAGAUGGAAAAGAUAGAGAAAAUUUUUAGGUUUAGCUUUUACAUUUGAAAAGUUAACAGCAAGAAUUUAAAUGAUGAAUUAAGUAAUUGAAGAUAUUGCUUUGAAAGAUUCUAAAACAAAUUUAAGUUAAUUUUUGUCAAAAAUAACAGGAGAAAUAGUAAUAAAUAGCUUUUUUGGUGAAUUAGCAUAAGGUUUUCAAUUAGAAGGAAAAGCUGCCUAAGUAGCUUUAACAGAAUUGACAUCUGAUAUUGGUUUCAUUUAAUUUGAGAAUCCAUUUAUCUUAUUGAAAGCUUUGAUAUUUAAAGAAAAAUUGUGGAAUAUUUUACCAUGUAAGAAAGAAAAAGAUAUUGUAAGAAGAGUAGAUAAUGUUAGAAUGAAGGUAAGGGAGUUGAUUUUAAAGAGAAUUGAAUAAUUAAGAGAGAAUCCAAUAUAAGAUUAAGAUAAAAUGGUAUUUUUAGAUUUAUAUGUUACUGAAUAUUUAAAAUAAACUUAAAAAGAAUAAUUAAUUGAUGUUGAAGAAAUAUCACAUUAAUUCAUUACAUUAUUCUUUGCUGGCACUGAUACAACUGCUACAGCAACUGCAACUUGUUUGUAUUAUUUAGCAUAAUAUCCAGAUAUUUAAAAUGAAAUAUUAAAAGAAGUUUAAGAAGUUAUUGGAGAGAAUGAAAUUAAAGAUAAACACUUGAAUAAAUUUGUUAUAAUGAAUGCUUUUAUUUAGGAAGUUUUAAGAUUUAAGAAUCCUUCAUAUACAUAAAUAUUUAGAGUAGUAAAAAAUGAUACAUAACUUUAAGAUAUUCGACUUAAAAAAGGAUGGGCUUUAGUAUAAAUGUAAAAUGCUAAUAGUUUAUAAGAUAAAAAUAUUGAUAAUGCUACUGAAUUUAACUACAAAAGAUGGUUAAAUAAAUAAAAUUUAAUAAAAAAUGAUAAUGGUUUUAUUUAUAUUCCUUUUUCAGCAGGACCAAGAAAUUGUAUUGGUUAACAUAUGGCUAUGAUGGAAAUGAAAAUUAUAAUAGCUUUGCUUGUUAGAAAAUAUAAAAUUCUUCUGAAUCCAGAAGUAAAAUAGAUUAAAUUUGGUAUCAAAUUUUUAUAAUGUGUGGAACCAGAUAAUUGCUUAUUAUUUGAAAAAAGAAUUUGA